GCUUCAAGCCGACAAGAAGAUGAGCAAGUGGUCCUUGUCAGAACAGAUCAAAGUGGGAGGGCAUGGCCUGUGACCACACCAGCUGAACCACAGGAGCCAAAAGGUGGACGGAGGAAGCGACAGAUGGUCCCUACUCAUAUAGAUAGAGAAAGAGUAAGGUAUUUUCAGGAUGAUGAUACUAUGAACCUGAAGGACUUGGUCAAAAAUGAGAAGAUGAGAACAGCAGAUGAUCAAAAUUCACUGUUCAUGCGUAUGGCAUCAAAGCUCAUGGAAAGAACCGACACAGAGUACUACACUCUGGAUGACAUGUUUGUUUCCAAAGCAGCCAAAAGAGCGCGCAGUGGGGAAGAGGAAGAAGUGCAAAGGAGAAGAGCAAUACACGAGCACCAGCAGCUUGCUGCGCGCAUGGAAAAGUGCCCACACUGCUUUGAUAGCAGUGAACUUUCUAAACAUCUCAUUAUUGCAAUUGGCACCAAGGUAUACUUGUCCCUGCCAAGCAGCCAGUCCCUUACUGAAGGUCACUGCCUGAUAGCCCCUCUACAGCACCAUACUGCAGCCACUCUUUUGGAUGAAGACAUCUGGGAAGAAAUCCAGAUGUUCCGAAAUGCAUUGGUGAAAAUGUUCGAAGCUAAAGAUCUGGACUGUGUGUUCCUAGAAACAAACAUGAGUAUGAAGAAAAGGUAUCACAUGGUAUAUGAAUGCAUUCCUCUUCCAAAAGAAGUAGGAGAUAUGGCUCCAAUUUACUUUAAGAAAGCUAUAAUGGAGUCUGAUGAAGAGUGGUCUGUGAACAAGAAGUUAAUUGAUCUUUCUUCAAAAGAUAUUCGGAAAUCUGUUCCUAAAGGAUUACCAUACUUUUCUGUGGACUUUGGCCUUCAAGGAGGAUUUGCUCAUAUCAUUGAAGAUCAAAACAAGUUCCCCCAUUACUUUGGAAAGGAAAUUAUUGGUGGCAUGCUGGACCUGGAACCACGGCUCUGGAGAAAAGGAGUCAGACAGAACUUUGAGGAUCAGAGGAAGAAGGUGUUGGAGUUUGCCAAGUGGUGGAAACCGUAUGACUUUACCAAAAAGAAAGAAUGA